AUGAACGAAAGACUUGGAGUCAGUUCCGAUAUUGAGUCUGAUAAUAACAACCAGACGGGACUUGAUGCCCUUGAAUCGAGAACCAUAAAGCAGCAACGCCGACUUACCUCAGCCAAAGUUCUAUAUUGGUGGCCUAAAGGCACUGGUUCUCAGAUUUUUGUGCGAUAUAGAGACCGGAACACACCUAUUUAUCGGAUUCGAGCUGGGUCUCACGAGAGCUACAGUCCUCAUAUAGUCGAACGUGUCCUGACACAAACACGUGGCAACGCUAAAAUAUCCGGCACAAAAAAUGGCCUGCCAGAGGAAUUCUGGAAAUACAAACGCAAAGAUAUAGAGAACAUCCUUGGCGUUGGUUGGAAGAUCGAAGACGAUGAUGAAGAGGGCUUCAAUCCUCUUGAUCUACUACGGCCUGCAAAGGGUGCUUCCUAUCCACACACGCGCGCACUGGUGAAAUGGAAAGAUGGUGUGAUAACAUUGGAAGGACGUUCAUUCAUUCGUCGUAUUUCCACUAGCUCGUCACUAGACGGCGAUCGAAUGAUAUAUCAGAAAGCCGAAGAACUCGAGACAGCUUACCGUGAGCGACAUAGGCUAGAGGAUAUCGUCGAUGACGACUACGAUGAGGAAGACAGCGAUAUAGAAGUCAGUCAUGGUAGGAGAUAUCGGAGCGAGCCUGCGCGCUACUCAAAGUCGGCCAAGGGCAAGUCUAGAGGUCAUUACCGCCAUGAUUCUAGUGAAUACAGUGACUCUGAAAGCGAUGCAGUCGCGCAGUCACACAACAGCCGGUACAGGAGACACCGCAGUGAGCCCAGUCGCCGUCCAAGGGGGCCCACAGGCAGGGCAAAGUCGGCAACUCAGAAAGAUGACGCAUUGAUUAAGAAACUAGAAAGAGAGAUUCAGCGAUUAAAGGUAGGAAGGUCGGAGUCCCCCAGAGAUCACCGAAGAUCGCAUGGUCGUGAACGCACAAUUUAA